AUAAUCGAAUUGGCUCAACAAAAAGCUACUAAUAUAACGUGGCACGAAGCGAUUGUCACGGCAGAAGAUAGAGAAAAAUUACUGAAUCAGAAAGGCUCCGUGAUUUGGUUCACCGGACUCUCCGGCUCAGGUAAAUCGACAUUAGCAAACGCAGUCGAACAGGUAUUGCAUCAACAACGGCACCACACGUAUGUCUUAGACGGCGACAAUGUACGACACGGGCUGAACAAGAAUUUAGGCUUCUCACCAGAGGACCGCGAGGAAAACAUCCGCCGCAUCGGCGAAGUCGCGAAACUCUUUGCGGAUGCAGGCACAAUCGUCAUGACAGCCUUCAUUUCGCCUUACUGCGCCGACAGAGAUCAGGCAAGAGCACUCAUCGCUGAGGAUAGAUUCGUUGAAGUUUUCGUCGACUGCCCACUCGAUGUUUGCGAAGAACGGGAUACGAAAGGCUUAUACAAAAAGGCACGUGCUGGAGAGAUUAAGGAAUUUACAGGCAUCAGCGCACCUUACGAACCGCCUCUGAACCCAGAGGUCACAGUGAACACCGCAGCACUCUCUAUUGAAGAAUGCGCGCAGGCAGUUGUCAAAACUCUUGUGAAAGCCGGUCUUGUUCCUGCAGGCAAUUAA